AUGGCAUCUGCCAAAGAAAAUGUUCCCCUAGCGCCCCGGACACUGACUCGGCAAACCAGCAGCGCGCGGCCUCCGCCGCCGCGGCGUCCUAAGGUGGUGAAUGGAGCCACCGAGCCAGCGGCGGGCGGCGGCGUCCUCAAGUGCGCGUGCUUCCACCUGCCCGGCCGCUCCAAGAACAAGUCGCUGCGGCCUCCGCCUGCCAUGAAGCUCAGCAGCGCCAGCCGCAGGAGCGCGGUGGCGCCCAAUGACGUGCCUGCUGCUGCGUCGCAGUCCCAGCGCGUCACCUUCCGGGCGUCCGCGUCCCUCUCCACGUGGUGGCCGGCGUCGCCGUCCGCCGCGGCCUCUGCCGGCGGCGCCACCCCCGUUCCUGGCGCCGCCAGCGGUGGCGUCGCGCCGAGGAGGGCGUCGGCGUCGUCGGCACCGCCGCGGAACGCCGCCAACGCCGGCGCCCCGAGGGCGUCGUCGUCGUCCUUCUCGCACUGGCGGCGGUCGCUGUCGUCCCGGGUCGGCGGGCGGGCGUCCUUCUCCUUCCCCACGUCGCCGGCGUCCGCGUCGUCCAGCUGCAUGAGCACGCCCAAGAUACCACAGGGGCAGGGCAGCCAGCAGGGGUAG